AUGAAGUCUCUGUUGGACCUUGCACUGCGUUCCACAGCAGCUGCAGCAGAUCCUUUGCAUGAAGAUGUCACAUGUUCUGUGGACACAGGUUCUUUGUUAAAGAGAUUGAGCAUUCUGAAAGAUCUUCAAACAGGUGGUGAGACAGUUGCAGAGCCUGAUGUUGUAGAAGAGCCCUUGAUCACCGGUAUGGAAACCUUCUCUGUUAAUUACAAGGUUCAAUGGGCAUUAUCCCUUGUGAUAUCAAGAAAAGCUCUGACAAAAUACCAAUUAAUUUUUCGAUUUCUGUUUCACUGCAAACAUGUGCAUAUGCAACUUUGUGCAGCUUGGCAACUACAUCAAGGUGCACGUGCACGUGAUAUGCAUGGAACUGCAAUCUCUUCAUCAUCAAUACUAUGCAUGAAUAUGCUUAAAUUUAUAAAUAGCCUUUUACACUAUCUAACAUUUGAGGUUCUUGAACCAAAUUGGCAUGCUAUGCAUAAUAAACUUGAAAAUGCAAAGAGCAUAGAUGAGGUAAUUCAAUAUCAUUACUUUUUCAUGGAGAAGUGUCUCAAGGAAUGUUCACUUCUUUCUCCAAUCCUCCUCAAGAAAUUUGAGAAACUGAAACUUGUAUGCCUUCAAUAUGCUUCUGCAACUCAGUGGCUAAUGAGAUCCAUUGAAGCUCCCGAUUCAAACAAUUCCUUUGAUGAUUCACAUUCAUCUUCCUUGGAAAAUUUAAAAGUUUUAAAGCUAAGAAAGUCUUCCAAAAAACCAAAUUCACCCACAGAUGAGUCUACAGUCAUCGAAUGUGUCCUGAAAUUUGAGACGGAGUUUAGUAGUGAGCUGGAGAAUUUAAGCCCAAUAUUGAGCAGCAGGGCACAAGCAGAACCAUAUUUGACUCAUCUUGCACAGUUGAUUCUUGGUGUUGGUAUGGAUCACCGGAUGUAGAUUUUUGUAUUUUUCUUCUCAAGUUUGCUUGUUGCUUGUUGAUCCUAGUGGUUUUUUGUAUAUAUCUGUUUUGGAAUGAGUGUUUUUGGGAGAUUUUGCUGCAUGAUUAACCACUUGUGUAGAUUUCAUAGUAGUAAAACAUGGAUCAUCUGGAUUUGAUUUAGCCAUACACACAAGUUGUUUGUGGUUAUUAAAAUGAUAUGGAGUUUUAUGUGAUGC